UCUGUCGCCCUCCUAAUGCCUCUUCACUCCCAAGGAGCCCUUCGUCCCUCUUGGCUCAGCUCCAUGCACCUGAGGAGACUGACCCGGACAUCAGCGUGCUUUCCUCUCCGUGCCUCAGCAAGGCAAAGGGGUCAGUUUCAGGGUUCACAUGGGAAGCUCCUGAAUUUGCAAACCAACAAUUAUUCAUGUAAGGAAGUAAUGGACUUUUUUGGAGAAUUACAGAUUGGCGUAGAUGAGAUGGGGUACUGGAGAAGCUGGAAACCUGGAAAUGCCAGUUCCCCACACAGAAUAAAAUACAAAAAUAAUGAAACAGCUGUAUUUGGAGAAAAUGUGACCAUCUUCUGCAAUUUAACAACUCCAGCAGAUAUUGUGCAAAUUACCUGGCAGAAGAUUCAAGGUUCUUUGCCACAAAAUAUUGGCACAUAUAGCAGUGUAUAUGGAGAAACGAUUCUUCCACCAUACAGAGAUCGACUGCACUGUGAGGUCAUCGAACCCAAUUCCUCAUUCAUAACUAUCCGUGAAGUAACAUUUGAAGAUGAAGCUUGCUACAAAUGUCUAUUUAAUGUGUUCCCACACGGCAGCCAUGGGGGACAAAUCUGCCUUACCAUUAUAGCUCUAUCUGGAUUAAAAACCGAACUCCAGUCCAAUCUUGACUCUGAAGAUUUUCUUAGAUUUAUUUACUCAGCUAUGGGAAAACCUGUUCCUCAGAUAUCUCUUUUCCCAUCACAAGUCUUGAUUAAUCCACCUGAGGAAUACCUUGCUCAGAAUCCAAAUGGCACAGUGACUAUCACUAAAAUGUGCAACAUCUCCUUGGAGACUGUGAGGUCCCUAGGUCUCCAAUAUCUGACUGUGCGCAUGGAUCAUCCUCUAAGGAAUGAAGAGAAGAUUGUUCCUUUGUCAGUCAAACAGGAAUGUACUUCUCAUUCUCCUUAUACUUGGUUGCGUAUCGUUGGUCUACCCAUACUUCUGUUAUGUUUUUUGUCGAUUGUUAUCUAUCUUGUUUGGAGAAAGAAAAAGUCAGAGAAUGCUCUUGAAACUACACCCCAGCUGAGCCAGCCUGAUGGGGAAUCUUUAAUCAACCAAGAUUUUCCUGUAUACAGAGCCAAGAACUCUGGGACUUGUUAAAAUAAGAAAAGAAUCCUUCUCAUCAAAGCAAGUGGAAGGAAAUCUCUCCCAGUAAGAAGACAACCAACCAACCAACCAGUCACUCUGAAAGAAGAGAUCAUUACCGUUUGAAUACAGAAUUUGAUUCUGGAUAAAAAUAAAUGUGCAUUUUUUAAAAA